GCCGCCCCAAAGGCUGCUCCUGGGGACUGCUGAGACCGCAGCUGAGACGCGGGGUGGCUGGAGGGAAGUGAGAGGUGAACUCGGCCUGGCCUGGCUGGGUGAGACCCUCCGCCACCCACUCUCCUGGACCACUGACGGCCAUGGCCGCGGCCCAGCAGCUGCGGGCUGAGAGUGACUUUGAACAGCUUCCCGACGACAUUGCCAUCUCGGCCAACAUCGCCGACAUCCAGGAGAAGAGAGGUUUCACCAGCCACUUUGUUUUCGUCAUCGAGGUGAAGACGAAAGGGGGAUCCAAGUACCUCAUCUACCGCCGCUACCGCCAGUUCUACGCCCUGCAGAGCAAGCUGGAGGAGCGGUUCGGGCCAGAGAACAAGAGCAGCUCCGUCACCUGCAGCCUGCCCACGCUGCCAGCCAAAGUCUACAUGGGCGUGAAACAGGAGAUCGCUGAGUCGCGGAUACCUGCCCUCAAUGCCUACAUGAAGAACCUGCUCAGCCUGCCUGUCUGGGUGCUGAUGGACGAGAACGUGCGCAUCUUCUUCUAUCAGUCACCCUACGACGCGGAGCAGGUGCCCCUCGCGCUCCGCCGGCUCCGCCCGCACACCCGGAAAGUCAAGAAAGAGUCCCCACAAGGUGCCGGCUUUGACCACAUGGCAGCUCCACGAGCAGAGGCGCUGUUCGACUUCACCGGGAACAGCAAACUGGAGCUGAGUUUCAAAGUCGGAGAUGUGAUCUUUCUUCUCAGUCGGAUCAAUAAAGACUGGCUGGAGGGCACUGUCCGGGGAGCCACGGGCAUCUUCCCACUGUCCUUCGUGAAGAUCCUUAAGGACUUCCCCGAGGAGGAUGACCCCACCAACUGGCUGCGCUGCUACUACUACGAGGACACCAUCAGCACCAUCAAGGACAUCGCGGUGGAGGAAGACCUCAGCAGCACCCCGCUAUUCAAGGACCUGCUGGAGCUCAUGAGGCGGGAGUUCCAGAGGGAGGACAUCGCCCUAAAUUACCGGGAUGCUGAUGGGGAUCUGAUUCGGCUACUAUCGGAUGAGGAUGUGGGGCUCAUGGUGAGGCAGGCCCAAGGUCUCCCCUCCCAGAAGCGCCUCUUCCCCUGGAAGCUGCACAUCACCCAGAAGGACGACUACAGGGUCUACAACACAGUCCCCUGAGCCGACGGUGUCCCUGGGCAGUGAGGGGACACCCGGCAGAGCCCUCAGAGGAGAGUAGGAGCAGGAAAGGCUGGGAGCGCGGGACAGACUUCCUGGUUCCAAAGCGAUGGACUCACUGGGCUUGGCUUGUUCUCUGUCGGUCUCUACACGUGGUCUCUGAGUUAAAUAAACCAUUUCAUCUCAAA